GCUGAUGCGGGCAGCUUGGGGGCCUCCGCCGCGGGAGAGACUAGACGCUUUUUCUUUUCUUUUCUUUUUUUUUUCCCUUUUUUUUUUUUUUUUUAAAUCCCCUGUUUUCUUUCUUUCUUUCUUUCCUCCCUCCUCCUCUCAUGCGUUCACUUCCGGGUCCGGUGCCGCUCCGGAUGCUCGAGGCCGAAGGAUGUUUGACCUCCGGAUAAGCGAGGCGCCGCCGUGCAUUCAUUCCCGGUUGCAUCGGUGGCCACAGCCGCGGCCCGGACGGCGACUCGGCUCUCGGCGGCGGCAGUAGGAGGCGCCGGCGGCGGCGCGCAGGGCCCGUCGACGCGGGCCGGUCCUUCCCUCGCUCGCGCCCACCUCCCCCGGCCCUGUUCAUCUCCUGCGGCCGCCGGCGGCGGGGAUGUGCCGGCGCUGACGGGCGGACGCGCGCGCCGGGCCGAGCCCGCUGCCCGCGGCCGCACCUCUGAGCUCUCUAUCAACACCAGCUUAUAUCGCCAAGAAGUUAGUUUUGAAGACAUAUUUUACUGAGAAGACAACUGAGAACAGUUGUACGAAUGGGAUGAACACGUGUCAGUUGAACCUGCUGAAGUCUGAAUGCUAACGUUGCUCAUCGGGUCCUGCUACCUAGUGAUGCACCUGUUCUUACAGUACUCCAUUUCAUCGUGCUUGUCUUGAUUAAAGAAUUCAAAGUGGAGUACCGAAAACUUGAUAUGGAUAAUAAAAAGAAAGACAAGGACAAAUCAGAUGAUAGAAUGGCACGGCCCAGUGGUCGAUCAGGGCACAGCACUCGAGGAACUGGGUCUUCUUCAUCUGGAGUUUUAAUGGUUGGACCUAACUUUAGAGUUGGGAAAAAAAUUGGAUGUGGCAAUUUUGGAGAAUUACGAUUAGGGAAAAAUUUAUACACAAAUGAAUAUGUGGCGAUUAAACUGGAGCCCAUGAAAUCCAGAGCACCACAGUUGCAUUUGGAAUACAGAUUCUAUAAGCAGUUAGGAUCUGGAGAUGGUAUACCUCAAGUUUACUAUUUUGGCCCUUGUGGUAAAUACAAUGCUAUGGUGCUGGAACUGCUGGGACCUAGUUUGGAAGAUUUGUUUGACCUCUGUGAUAGAACGUUUUCUCUUAAAACAGUUCUCAUGAUAGCUAUACAACUGAUUUCUCGCAUGGAGUAUGUCCACUCAAAGAACUUGAUAUACAGAGAUGUGAAGCCAGAGAACUUCUUAAUAGGCCGGCCGGGAAACAAAGCCCAGCAAGUCAUUCAUAUUAUAGAUUUUGGUUUGGCAAAGGAAUAUAUUGAUCCAGAGACAAAGAAACAUAUACCAUACAGAGAACACAAAAGCCUUACCGGAACAGCCAGAUACAUGAGCAUAAACACACAUCUAGGAAAAGAACAGAGUAGAAGAGAUGAUUUAGAAGCUUUAGGCCAUAUGUUCAUGUACUUUCUAAGAGGCAGUCUUCCUUGGCAAGGCUUAAAGGCUGACACAUUAAAGGAGAGGUAUCAGAAAAUUGGAGACACGAAACGAGCCACACCAAUAGAAGUGUUGUGUGAAAACUUUCCAGAAGAAAUGGCAACAUAUCUUCGUUAUGUACGAAGGCUAGAUUUUUUUGAAAAGCCAGACUAUGAUUACCUAAGAAAGCUUUUUACUGACUUGUUUGAUCGCAAAGGAUAUAUGUUUGAUUAUGAAUAUGACUGGAUUGGUAAACAGUUGCCUACUCCAGUGGGUGCAGUUCAGCAAGAUCCUGCUCUGUCGUCUAACAGAGAAGCACACCAACACAGAGAUAAGAUGCAGCAGUCUAAAAACCAGUCGGCAGACCACAGGGCAGCUUGGGACUCCCAGCAGGCAAAUCCCCAUCAUUUGAGAGCUCACCUUGCAGCAGACAGACAUGGUGGCUCGGUACAGGUUGUAAGUUCUACAAAUGGAGAGCUGAACACGGAUGACCCCACGGCAGGACGGUCAAAUGCACCCAUCACAGCCCCUACAGAAGUAGAAGUGAUGGAUGAAACCAACUGCCAGAAAGUAUUGAAUAUGUGGUGCUGCUGUUUUUUCAAACGAAGGAAAAGGAAAACCAUACAACGUCACAAAUGACUGGACACAGACAGAUCCUGGGGAGUUACUUACAUGUUCAUAUGCUGUCUCGUGAUUAAAAUCAUCUCUAUAGUGACCAUGUAUAUUUUCAAGGACUCACUCUUGAAACAAAAAUGUCACUUUUCAUUUUUCAUUUUGUGGUUGUCUUACAUUCAUUUUGCCCCUAAUUUAACUUUAUGGAAGCUUUAAAAUUUUGUCAGAACGUGAGUGCUUUGCCCAUCAUUGAAUGGAAUGGACCAAUGAAAUGGUAUUGAUGAACACAGUCCCAUACGUAGGACAUUUUCCAGAGGCUCUUCUGCUCUAGAAAACAAUACAGGUGUCCAAGUGUCAAUGAAUUGCACUUAAUUUGAUUUUUUUAUGUCUUCUAUAAAAGCAUAAUCAAACAGAAAUUUUCUUCCCAAUGGGUAGUGCAGCAGAGAAAACAAUUGCCCAAAUAUUAAAAACAACUUUAACAGUUCCUAUUUUGUGACAUCUGCAUUGAUUUCAGUAUGACUGAUGGUACUGUUAUUCAUGAAUCAUAUUGACUUUCUCUCUGUGAAAUCAUGGUACAGUCACUGCCCGGAGAUACUGAGGAAAAAGCAGUAUGGGAUUGGCAGGCGGUGGUGGUUGAUAAAUCAGAAGUAUGGAAAAUAGGAAUUCAGCUUCUGUCGUGCCACUGAGUAAAGUGCAGCUGCAGAAGUAGAGAAGUGCUAAUAACAUUUUAUAAUGUCACUCUGUGCUUCUGGAUAAUGUAUGCUAGAUUGGCAGGAAGUGAGUACUGGAGAAGUAAUGUAUGUUGGAGUUUAAAAAACACAAUAAGGAAAGGAAAUAAAUAUGAAACUUGUUAUGGUAAGGCUGGAGUCCCUGAGCCUACUUCUGAAUGGCCACACUUUCCCAGAAGCAGAAACCGAGGAUGUGCCUGAGUGGCACCUGCUUGUUACGUUGUUCUUCAAGUAAAAACAAGAAACACACUCCCAGCACUAAACGCUGGGUCAUCUGUUGCCCUCUGUGUACAAUAGUCUCUUGUAUUCAGCUUUGCUGGUUCUCUGAAAUUCCCUGUCUUGAGCAUAAUGGCAAUGACUGGAGAAUGUUUUGGAGAGGGUGGGCUGGGCGCUUUGCCUCCAUAGCUUUUACAGCAUCUGCAUAUGAACAGCGUAACAGUUCUGUUGUUAGCCAAGUCCAUUCCACUUUGCAAGUGUGCUUGUUUCAAGCUGUAAGGGCACAGGUUUCUGUUUCUGCUUUUUGUUUUUUGGUCGCAUUUUGCUAGCCAGAUUUUUAAGAGUUAAAACAAAAAGACUAGCUAGAGUAUACUGUUGAUCACAUGACACAUUCAUCUCUCACUUAGAAAACUGUUGCUCCUUCUGCGCGCACUCUCUUCUGUUUUACGUGUGAGCCUUCAGGUAUGCUUAUUUAUUGUUUUUUUUUUUUUUUGUCUCAAGGUAACAUUUAAAAUAUGUAUUAAAGGAAAUGAAUCCACUUUUUAAAACUUCAUUUGAAUUUACAGUUAUUUAAUUGUAUUUUGUAAUUUAUUUUUCUUAUUAGCCAAAAGUUCAAUGUGUUGCUUUUGAUAAAUUGGGCACCAAUAUGAACAUCACAAAUCAGGACACUGUUUAUAAUUUUUUUUAAUCCUAUGAGUGAUCUUUUUUUCUUGAUUUUUUUUUUUUUUUUUUGAAGACCUACACUGAACCUAGUUUUCUAGGUUGAGUAUAAUUACUGUAUAAUUUGGUCAGCAUUUUCCAUUCUAUUUGUAUACUGUUAUGAUGCCUAAACUACAGGAGCUUUUACUGAGUUUUUGGUUUUGUUUGCUUUGAGCAAGGUAGAUGGAUGUUUUGGCCAUUUAUAAUGUGAAACCACUUCUUUACAGUAUUUGACCAAAUUUGUGUGACUAUAUGAUAUUUGUAAAUACAUGCGAUAUCUGUAUUUCUUAUCAUAAGCCUAUUUAGUUUUAUUCUCAGUAGGGUUUUUUGGACUGUACAGUGUUUAUAUGAUCUGAACUCCUUAUACAUAAGAAGGUGUGUAUAUUAAUCCAAUUAUGGACUUAAAUAUUUUAAAAGUAUGAAUACCCUUAUUUGCUGCAAAGGCCAGUGUGUAGACAUUUGCUUUUUAGCAAUAUUUUUAAGUGCUCCAUUUUAGUGCCAGAGAAUAAGUCUUUGGCGCACAGACUGGUCAGUAAUAGGUAAUGCAGGUAUGUUCAGGUUAAGCCAACAAUGUUUUGCAUUUUUAUGCUUCUUUUCUGUCAACACUAAUGAAGUCAACAUUGCCUGAAUGUCUGAAUACAGAAACACAGCCCUGUUUAAAAGUAUGUAACUGAAAAAGAAAUAAAUAAAGGUAGUUUUUUUAAA